GGAAGAGCAUAGCUACAGGGAAGCAGCCCAGCAUGGACGUCUCUCCCACUGCCCCCCUUCAACCCUUCCGACAAUCCAGUUUCCUCAGUAGAAGGUUGAAGGGCUCGAUCAAGAGGGCCAAGAGUCAGCCCAAACUGGACCGAACCAGCAGCUUCCGCCACAUGAUCCUCCCCCGCUUCCGCAGUGCCGACCAAGACAGGACCCGUUUGAUGCAGAGCUUCAAAGAGUCCCACUCCCACGAGUCCUUGCUGUCUCCCAGCAGCGCCGCCGAGGCGCUGGACCUCACCCUGGACGAGGACGCCAUCAUCAAACCUGUCCACUCCAGCAUCCUGGGACAAGAGUACUGUUUUGAGGUGACUACGGCAUCGGGAACCAAGUGCUUUGCGUGUCGCUCAGCUGCAGAGAGAGACAAAUGGAUCGAGAACCUGCAGAGAGCUGUCAAGCCCAACAAGGAGUUGUACAUGUGGGCAACUGGACUUGGCUUGUGUUUCCUGAAGAAGUUUAAUCUCAUUCAAGAGGCUUCUUCACUUCUGAAGACCGAGAAUCUUCACACGUACUCCGACUGGUCCAGGAGUACGAGGGGUCUUGAAGGAAACCAGCAGACGACAGGAAUCACAACCCAACAAAAUACAACCCCCACCAGCUCACAUCCGCACUCAGAUGUGAAAGACGGCCGAGCUGAAAGAAUCCUGCAGAAGACUCAGAACGGACUGCUUCACAGCUGA